CUCUCUAUAGCCAGCGUCGUUUGCGAUGCACAAUCGAGCGGCAAUAUUAUCGGCGUCGGUGCACAAUUCUCGUUUCUGGCGACCGACUUAGCCGCCCGUGUGUUCGCGCAGGCGUCGUCCCCCCCACCCGGUGAACCUCGGCUCGAUGACGUGUCUGUAGGGUAGUUCGGGGCGAGGGGCAUCCCCAGCAAAUCAAUACGUAUAUGUCCGCCAGUAACCGGCCAGUAGGGGCUCAUCCUUGGCGAGAACCGUAUCGGGUAACCCGGUACCAACGAAAAAAAACUUGAAGACAUCUCGCUCUACUCGAUCGACCUAGCCGUGUCGCCCUGGGCGAUAGUUUCCUCCAGUUCUCGCCGAAGGUGGAAAUAAAACCACGGCGUGCGCGUCAACGUUCGUGUCCCUCCGUGCACGCGAAUCGUGGAAGGAUCCCGUCGAAGGUGCGAGCUGCCAGCGGUCCUCGGGGGUAACUGACCCUGUGCAACAGCGCGAACGUUCAGCGGUGGAUCGGCGGGCAGCCGCUUCAGGAGAACGGUGACCUCGCCGCGAGAAGAUCGAUCCAGUCGGCAGAGACUACUCCUACCGUGAGAUCCACCCUUCCUUUCUCGUAACGUCGAUGUCACCACGGCGAUCCCUAGAAACGUGAACAUCCCGAGGUGCGUCGAACGAAGGAGACCUCAGCCAAGGGUCCCGAGGCGUCGGGAACCUGCUGGCACGUCGACCGCCAACACCACCAGCGAGAGAUCCCGUUUGUUCCACUGGCGAGUGAUCGUUCGCGCGUACAUCCGGGAAUCGGACAGGUGCUGAGUAACGUCCAGGUACCACGAUCGUGUUACCAGGCUCGCGCAAGGCCGUCAGGCUAUUGGGACGUCUGGUGGGAGCGCGUGACUGCUCGUUCCUCACGGAUUUCCCGAACAACCCCCAAAACGGCAACCCGUCGUCGUCGUGGUGCUGCCGGGGCCCCGCCGUUAGCCGCGAGAGAUCGCGAGAAGGGAGCUUGGCUGAGUCGGUCGACCGAUCGGCCAGAGGAUCGGCCUCCUCGUGCGCGACCGGCUCCACCGCCGCCACCUACGCCGCUUACUGGCGGCCCAGUGAAAUGGAGGAGAAGUCCUCGGCUCGGUUCUCCGAGUACCUGUUCGCCAAGAUGGACGGGCAGGACGUCUCGGCCUCUCAGGGUCCCCGUAAGGUGACCGCCGACACCAGGAAGUUCAUGCGGGAAAAUCUCCUGCUCGUGGUCACACUCUCCGGCGUUCUCUUUGGCGUGAUACUCGGGUUCGGUCUGCGACCCUUGGGCCUCGGCGAUGACGCAGUUAUGUUAAUCAGUUAUCCCGGAGAGCUCUUCAUGAGGCUGUUGAAGUUAAUGAUCUUGCCCCUGGUGAUCGCCAGCUUGAUAUCCGGCUCGGCGAGCUUGAACGCAAGGAUGAACGGCAUGAUCGCCGUUCGCACGUUGGUUUACUUCAUCCUUACAUCGCUGCUGAACGCAGUCCUUGGCGUUCUCCUGGUGCUACUGAUUCACCCUGGUAAUCCUGGGAUCAGAAAAUCGAUGACCACCGCGCACAACGGACGAGCCGUCAAUAUCCUGGACAGCCUUCUGGAUUUGGGAAGGAACAUGUUCCCGGAUAAUAUUUUCCAAGCAGCGUUCCAGCAGGCACACACGGUGUACGUGCCGAAAACCCAGCCGUUUCGAAACCUCAGCGACUCUGUGUCCACGGAGGUAAUCGGCGAAGUGGAGCUGACGAGAGUGACCCAGUACAGGAGCGGAACGAACACCCUGGGCAUAGUCUUCUUCUGUCUGGUCUUUGGGACGUUCUUAGGUACCCUAGGCGAAAAGGGCCAGAUCGUCAUCGACUUCUUCAAGGCUGUCUUCGAGGUCAUCAUGCGCAUGGUGUCGACCGUGAUGUGGAUGACACCUGUGGGCAUCACCUCAGUGAUCGCCGGGAAAAUACUCGGCGUGACCGAUCUGGCGUUGGUGAUGUCGCAGCUCGCCUGGUUCAUCGUCACGAUCGUGAUCGGUGUCUUUUUCUAUCAGCUGGUGAUCAUGCAGCUGAUUUACCUGGCCUUCGUGAGAAAGAACCCUUUUAAAUUCUACGCCGGCCUCGCCCAGGGUACCCUCACCGCCUUCGCCAUGGCAUCAACGGCUGCCGCGCUACCGGUCACGUUCCGCCUGAUGACGGACAAGCUCAGGGUCGAUCCACGUGUCACCAGAUUCGUUCUACCGAUCGGUUGCAACAUUAACAUGGACGGGACGGCACUGUUCGUAGCCGUCGCCAGUAUAUUCAUCGCGCAGAUGCACGGCAUCGCCUUGGGCUUCGGCGAGAUUAUCACUGUUAUCUUAACAUCAACCGCGGCAUCUGUGUCAUCGGCUUCAGUUCCGAGCGCCGCCCUCGUGCUUCUCCUGGUUGUGUUAAGCGCCAUCGACGCUCCCGUUUACAACGUCUCGCUGUUAUUCACCAUCGACUGGUUCGUGGACCGUAUAAGAACCACCAACAACAUGUUGGGCGACUGCUACGCCGCCGCGGUGGUCGAGCAGCUGUCGAAGAAGGAACUGAUGGCGCUGGAUGCGGCAGCCUAUCAGUCGGAGACCGUUCUGCCAACGACGAUCGCGAACGGAUGCAUCUCUGCGAACAGAGUACCUGAUCCUGACACCAUCGUAGUCGAGAUGCAGGACGAUACGAGGAUAGCCGGCAUCGCCAAGUAAACAAGCUUGUUGCAUCAGCGUGUUGCAGAUGCCCAGAAGCGUGACGGAAGAGACAGUCUGACCAGUGGUUCAACCUGUGUUUAGCUCUAGUUAUCGCCGAUCGUAUUGUUGUUAACGAACUCGCAAUCCUUUCACCUUUAGAGAGUUGAAAGCGACUGCGUACUAAACGAGCAUCAAAAACAAGGGUACAUCGGGCACGUCAGUGCCGUCUUUUACUUUAUCGUCUUUUCUACUACUCCGUGAAACGAACACGCGCGCGCGCGAUUCGUUCACGCAGGAGACGUGAGUUUUCUCUGUUGUUAUUUCCACGGCAGAAAUCGGCCACACGAGGAAGCGUGGCUAUGGGAAAAAAAUAUAUCAAACGCAAAGUCAAUAUACCGAGGGGGUGCGCUGCAAUAGACGAGACACAGCAAUAACGCGAACCGUUUAUCGAGAGCACAUCUCGCGGUGGCUUCCGCGAGGCGAAGAUCGAACCGGUUCUCGGAUUGCACUCCCGAGUUUAUUUAACGAUCGUUUCUCGCGAUCGAUCGCGCAACAGCGUCGAGUGUGGUGCCUUAUUUUAUCCACGGCACUUAAAAUGGCCGCUGCGGACGUAGUUGACGAAAGAGAAGUUUCUGUUAAUUUCUACCGAACCCGCGAUCAAGCGUUUGGGCUCAUCGGCUGAACACUGAACACGGUAUCGCUUUUGGCGAUCGAUCGUCGUACUGCCACAAAGAGUUUUCCACCGAUACGUAAUACAUAUUCGACUGUCAGCUAACGUUCCCGAUCGUCGGACAACGAAAGUGAAAAACGGUGACACUCGGCGACGCUGGAUCCAGGCUCGAUUAGUUUUGGGCCUACGGAUCGAUCGUCGAUCAGCUGACGUAACGGGUGGGCCAGAGACUUUGUUCAAUAUUAUGUUCCGCGUUUAGGGACGUCGUAGACUUAGGUUGGUCGCGAUACGAGUUCGAUCGAUCGCGAUGCUAGUCGCUGACGAGUCGGAGCGAAACAAAACUUAGAGGCGUCGGUUAGCGUUCGACGCGUCCAAGCGUCGUUGAACAUUAUACCAGAAACGUAGAGAAAACUGUUCGGGAAACGAAUUGUAGGUUUCCCAUUAGCUCUUAAUUGUCAUACUGAACUAUAACUAUCGGACCAUUGACGAACAUUGGAUACUCGGUGCACAGAUAUUUCCAGCGGCGUUCGUUCGACGAAGAUUUGUAGAACUGAAUGUCUUCGAGUACCGAACACUCCCCCGUAUGGGGAGCCGCGUUUACGAUUCUGCCACUGUGCACUUUUGCGAUUAACGUUCCCUCCCUCCCUCCCCAUCCCCGCCCCUUCUUAGAGUAAUUCAAGUCUCGUGACACGGUACUGCGUUUCAUAGCGUAGAUCCCGAAAUCCAAGUCCACGACAACUAAAAAAAAAAAAUAUAUAUAUAUAUAAAAAAAGAAAAAUAAGAAUGAAACAAAACGAAAGAGAAGAUCAUCUAGCGCUCUUUGAUGGGCAGCCUCAAGACUGGACAUGCCAUUUGAAUAUGUCGUUUAUAAUAAAUACUACGUAUAACGUUCUAGGAAAAUUACGGAGACGAAUUCACUGAUUCUAGGCACUAGGUACGUAGGUCGAUACGUGUUCUAUCGUAGAGACUGUUAAAAUGUACAAAUUAACUGGAUAAAUAGUGCUUCGUAGUGGCGUUGUUUGAACCCCUCCCAGAUUCAAGAACCGUGAAAUGUUUUUUUCUUUUUCGAAGCUCGAGUGUCGGUUUAAGUUACGAUUACUCCCUGCCUCGCGUUCUUCUUUCGGUUCGAGUUGUUGCGUUGCGACCAUGUACACGUACACGUUGAAAGUUUUUGCCGUGCUACCACACCUUUGCCGUGCGAUGAUACCGACUUUACGUUACCUUCGAACAGUGAAUGCGGAGAGAGAGAAAGAGAGGGAGAGAGAGAGAGAGAGAGUGCUUUGUUUAUAGCCUAGAGGAGAGCAGAGGAGAAUAGAGAAAGAAUUUAACGAAAUACUUCAAAAAGACUAUGUGUGAAUAUAAUUAUAAGGCUCAACGUGUUGUAUAACAAGAUGCAGGUUUAUACGA